AUGCAGACCGAGAUACUUGAGCGGCUGGAGGCGAUCGAGGCGAAGAUCGGCCGGCCCGACCGCGAGUACCUGAACGCCGAGGAGGCCGCCGGCUUCCUCGGCCUGUCCAAGCAGCAGCUCGACAUUCACCGGAUGAAGGGCGGCGGCCCGGCCUUCCACAAGGUCGGGCGGCGCGUCCUCUACGCCGAGCUGGAGCUGCCCGAGCUGCCGCCGCCGGGGCACGUGAACGACUGGCCGCCCGAGGCCGGCCUCGCCUUCCAGACGCUGCUGGACUGCGCCUUCCUGAUCGCAGGGCGGGACGAGCACCCGAUCCGGGUUCUGCACAGGGCGUUCGACGUGCUCGACCUGCCGGCGGACGCCCGGUGGCUGGUCGACGUCGCCCUGUCGGGCGUCUGGGGCCUGUUCUGGUGCCGGUCGAUGCAGCGCUACGUCGACGCCGAGACCUUCGUGCGCGAGGGGCUGCCGUCGGAUUACCUGGGCCUCGAAGUCGAGCUCGCCCAAGCCCGGACCCUGACGGGACCGGGCCCGCCGCUUCGGUGGCGGCGGGCCCGGGAGGAGGAGCCCGAUGUCAUGGAAGAAGAUAGCGCGACCGGAGGGCCGGCGACGCCCUCGUUCGAGGACCUGGAGCGCGACUGGCUGACGAACGCCGAGGCCGCGCGGCUCAUGGGACUCACCCCCGACACGCUGCGCGACUACCGCGCCAAGGGCCGGCGCACAUGCGCGCCGGGAGGCGGUCCGAUGGCUGAGGCGCGCACCGACCCGGAACAGCUCCGGCCCUACCUCGACGCCGGAUGGCAGCUCAUCCCGCUCCACCGCUGGGACCGCAGGGACGGCAGGGGGCGAGAGCGCGGCAAGACCCCGCUGCACGACAACUGGACGCGCCGGCCGUACAAGUCGGACGACCAGGCCGCGCACAUGGAGGAUGGCGGCAACGUCGGCGUCAGGCUGACGGCCGCCCAGCUCGUGAUCGACGUCGACCCGAGGAACGGCGGCGAGGGCGGCCUGAGCCGGCUGCUCGGCGACCUCGGCCUGGACCAGAGCGCCUGGCCGCGCGUCGAGACCGGCUCGGGCGGCUCCCACCUCUACCUGACCAAGCCGGAGGACGUCCCGGUCGUCGACCGCCUGGAGACGUACCCCGGCGUCGAGUUCAAGACGCUGGGGCGGCAGGUGGUCGCCGCCGGGUCGGUGCACCCGACGACGGGGCGCCCCUACCGGUGGGACCCGCUGUCGCCGCCCCUGCCCGAAGCGCCGGCCGCGCCCGGCGCGCUGCUCGACCUGAUCGCGAGGCCCAAAUCGGAGGCGACGCCGAGCGGCGGCGGCGAGCACACCGCCGAGGAGGUCGGGGCGAUGCUGUCCGUCCUCGACCCGACCGACUUCCGCGACCACGACAAGUGGCUGACCGUCAUGCAGGCGUGCCACCACGCCUCGGGCGGAUCGGCCAGGACCGAGUUCGUCGCCUGGUCGGCGGGCGACCCCGACUACGCCGACAGGUCCGAGGAGGUCGGCAGGCGGUGGGACAGCCUGCACGCCGACGCCGACGGGCCCAGGGUGACGCACCGCACGCUGCACCGGCUGCUGAUCGAGGCGGGGCGCGAGGACGCGAUCCCGAGGACGCCGGCCGCCGACGACUUCGACGACGAGGCCGGGUCGCGCGAGAUCGCCUUCCUGCCCGAGCCGAAGCCCGUCGCCAUGCGCGGCCUGUCGGUGAGCAAGUCGGGCACCGCGCCCGACACCAUCGCGAACGCCAUCUCCGCCGUCGCCAGGUCGGGCGUCGGCCUCGCCUUCGACGAGCUGAAGCAGCGCGCCGUCUUCACCGCCCAGGACCUGCCCUGGGACGAGGCGUACGGGCGCACGCUCGACGACAACACGGCCAGGCUGCUGCGCCACUACCUGAUCGAGCGACACCAGGGCAACGACUUCCAGCCGUCCCGGGAGAACGUCUGGGAGGCGGCCAUGACGGUCGCCUACGAGCACAAGUUCAACCCGGUGCUCGACUACUUGGACGGGCUGGAGUGGGACGGCACGCCCAGGGUCGGUCGGCUGUUCCCGGACUACUUCGACACAGACGACGACGAGUACGCCAGGGCCGUGUCCGCCUGCUUCAUGGUGGCGGCCGUCCGGCGGCAGCGGGAGCCCGGCUGCAAGUUCGACACCAUGCCGGUGCUCAGGAGCCGGGCGCAGGGCAAGGGCAAGUCGACGGGCGUCCAGGCGCUGUUCGGCGCCGACUGGUCGUCCGACGCCGACCUGGGCAACCUCGGCAACAAGGACGCCGCCAUGCUGCUCCAGGGCAUCUGGGCACAGGAGUUCGCGGAGCUCGACGGCCUGAGGCGCGCCGACGUCACCACGCUCAAGGCGUUCUGCUCCAGGGCGGUGGACAGGGUCAGGCCGCCCUACGGCAAGGGCGUGAUGGACAUGCCCCGCCGCUGCGUGUUCGUCGGCACGGUCAACGAGGGCGGCUACCUGAAGGACGGCACCGGCAACCGCCGCUUCUGGCCGCUGACCGUCAGGGGCGAGGUCGACGUCGAGGCGAUCCGGCGGGACCGGGACCAGCUCUGGGCCGAGGCGGCGCGGAUGGAGGCGGACGGCGCGAGCGUCGUGCUGCCGAAGCACCUGUGGGCGAUGGCCGCCGAACACCAGGCCGACCAGACCUCGGAGGACCCGUGGGCCGACCCGAUCCUCGACUUCCUGGAGCGGCGGGCGAACGACGCCUUCGACGCCGAGCUCGGCAUCGGGGACUGGGCGGACGGCGGCGACCUGGCGGGCGUCAAGGCGCCGCCCGAGGACAGGGUGCACACCGCCGAGCUGUUCGACGUCCUCGGCAUCGACGUGCCCAGGCGCAGCAAGGACGCCAGCCAGAAGCUGCGCUCGAUCAUGGAGGGCCCGGCGGUCGGCUGGGAGUACAGCCGCGGCGUCCGGGUGGGCGACAGGGCGGCGGCCGGCUACCGGAAGCCGGGGCGCUGCGGCGGUCGUCAGGGGGACGGGAGCGGCGUUCGGCCCGGAAAGUUUAAGAACGAGCUCAUCGCGCUCAACAAGCUCAACGCCGUGCCGGAGGGCCCCGCCUGGACCGAGGGGAGCGCCGCCGGACGCAAUGGACCACGGGUCACGCGCCCCGAAAUGGGGCCGGAAAGCCCUUCCGGUUCAGCCCCUUACGAGGGGCGCCGGUCGCGGCCCGUCGCGGGGCCCGGUGGAGACGGAGGAUCGGCGAUGCUGCCCGCCAGGGCGAAGGAGGACUUCCUCAGCGAGAUUGUGGAGCACGGCAACGUGUCGCGCGCGUGCGCGCGCCUCGACCUGAACCGGAGCACGGUCUACGCAUGGCGGGAGGACCCGGACUUCAACAGGGCCUGGAACGUCGCCUUCGAGCUGAGGCGCGACGCCAUGCGCGACGAGGUCGUCGAGAAGGCCCUCGCCGCGACCGGCUACGUGGCCGAGGCCGUGGCCGUCGACCCCCGCACCGGCGACCCCGUGCUCGACGACGACUUCGAGCCGGUCACCUACCGCCGGCUGGUCGACUACGAUCCGAAGGUGCUGACCGCCCUCCUGGGCAAGCUGGUGAAGGACGAGGCGCUGCGCGUCGACCAGCGCACCCUCCUGGUCGACGACCGCGGCGGCGAGGAGGAGGCGCCGCCGACCCUGACCCUGGUUCACGACGACGGCGACUUCGAGGAGGUCCACUUCGUGCGCCCCGACGGCUGCCGGCUGUGGGCGCACGACCGGAACGUCCGCACCCGCGACGCGGUGGGCAGCGGCGAAGGCUCGCUGGACGACGAGUUCGCCCGCGGCAUCAGGACGCCCUGGACGUCGGCGGAGCACAAGCGGGCCGCCCUGGCGCACCUCGACGGCGAGCUGCUGGCCUUCGCCAAGUCGCUGCCGUACGUGAGGGGUCCCGAACAGAACGCCGAGGAACGACCCAGCGGCCGUCACCUUCAUGCGGUCCCAGAAGUCGCGGCUCGCCAGUUCGGCCUUGGCGAGCGCCUUGUCGUGCAUCGUGGCGCCCUCGAACUCGACGGUGACGUACA